AUGGAGACCGAGGAGGGAGAGGACCGCACCCCGCUGCUGAAGGAGUCCCAGCCCGGCACCGUGCCUGCAUGCUGCUCAGCUCGCUACAACCUGGCCCUGCUGGCCUUCUUCGGCUUCUUCCUCCUGUACGCCCUGCGUGUCAACCUCAGCGUGGCUCUGGUGGACAUGGUGGAGCCUAACACAAGCUCAGCGAGGAACACCACCUCCAACAUCUGUCCAGAGCAUUCCUCCACCAGAAGCCUUCCUCGCAACACCACGGGGGAAAAGUAUUCUUGGGAUGCUGAUACUCAGGGAUGGAUCCUUGGUUCUUUUUUCUAUGGCUAUGUCAUUACUCAGAUUCCAGGAGGAUAUCUGGCAAGCAAGACUGGGGGGAAAGCAUUGCUGGGGUUUGGCAUCUUUGGCACCUCUGUGUUCACCUUGCUCACUCCCUUGGCUGCAAAUCUGGGAGUUGGCUACCUCAUAGCUGUCAGAGCCUUGGAAGGACUGGGAGAGGGUGUCACCUUCCCAGCUAUGCACUCCAUGUGGUCUUCUUGGGCUCCUCCUCUGGAACGCAGCAAGCUCCUUAGCAUUUCCUAUGCAGGUGCCCAGCUAGGAACUGUUGUGUCUCUGCCACUGUCUGGUUUGAUUUGCUACUACAUGAGCUGGGUCUAUGUGUUUUACAUAUUUGGUGCACUUGGUGUGUUGUGGUUCUUUUUCUGGAUGUGCUUGGUCAGUGAUACACCAGAGAGUCACAGGAGCAUUUCACCUGCUGAAAGAGAAUAUAUCCUCUCUUCCCUGAAGGAUCAGCUUUCCACCCAGAAAUCUGUUCCCUGGAGACCCAUCCUGCAGUCCCUCCCACUCUGGGCUAUAGUUGUGGCACACUUCUCUUACAACUGGACCUUCUACACCCUCCUUACACUCUUGCCCACAUACAUGAAGGAGAUCCUGAGGUUUGAUGCACAGGAGAAUGGGUUUUUAUCUGCCCUGCCUUAUUUUGGAUGCUGGUUGUGUAUAAUUCUGUCUGGGCAAGUUGCUGAUUACUUAAGGGAAAAGCAAAACUUUUCAACUGUUUGUGUUCGGAAGUGCUUCACCCUGAUAGGAAUGAUUGGACCUGCAGUGUUCCUGGUGGCAGCUGGGUUCACAGGCUGCAACUACGAGCUGGCUGUUGCCUUUGUGACCAUGUCAACCACUCUGGGAGGGUUCUGUACAUCUGGCUACAGCAUCAACCACCUGGACAUAGCACCCUCGUAUGCUGGAAUUCUGCUUGGAAUCACCAAUUCCUUUGCUACCAUCCCAGGAAUGGUGGGGCCAGUUAUUGCCAAGAACCUCACUCACAAUAACACCGUGGGAGAGUGGCAGACCGUUUUCUGCAUUGCUGCUUCCAUUAAUUUCUUUGGAGCCAUUUUCUUUGCUUUAUUUGCAAGUGGAGAAGUUCAGGACUGGGCAGUUAGUGGCUAUCACUUGCACAGGAACUGAAGGAGAUGUGAUGAAAUCCUAAAGCUAUGCUGGAUCCCAAUGUGCUAGGAUUAUGUGACCAGAAAAGUGCCUUCCCUACUGAUGCCUGGGAGUCUCCAGAGCUUUUCAGUCCAAACUCGUUUAU